CCCCAUGGCAACGAUUGUCACCAAGGCUCCACGGCCACGCCCCUUUGCCCGGGCCCUCCCUUCUCGGUGCCUUGACUAGUAGCAGCCCGCAACCAUGGCCCAAAAGCAGGCGGCGCCAUGGCGGACGCCAUCCCCGUCCACUGGGAAGCCGAGCCCGGGGCCCUGGUGCCCUUCCAGGGACGCCGGCAGGACUGGAAGCUGACCAGCAGCGGAGUGGGCCUCAACUAUAUCCCCCCGUUGCCUUUGCUGCCGCCUUAUGCACGUUCUACAGUCCAGGAGCCCUUGCCCCCUGGCUCUGAGAAAGGCUACCGAGAUGAGAUUAUUCCCCGCUUGACAACCACCUCGCAGCUUGCCUAUUGUCCCAAGAACCACAGCCGGGUCCUGGCUCAUGACCGGCACUUUGUUGCUGACGCACACAACAGUGUCCACUAUAUUAAAGAUUUGAAAGAGAAGCUGAAGCAGAGAGCAUGGAGGUUCCCACUGACUCCGGGCAACCAGAAAAGUGAGAUGAAGGACCGCUUCCCAGGCUGGCCCAACCUGCCACAAGAGCCCACCUUUCAUGCUGGACCUCAGCCCUUUGGACUGGCUGCGCAUCAUACAGAUGGAGCAUCCAAGUCCAUUGUGGCCAGCACACGGAAUGAAGAGAUGGCCGGCAAACCCUUCUAUGUCCGGGACAAGGCAGUUUUGCGGCUCAAUGAACCAUAUAUGUCUGUCACCACUCGAGACUUCCAUCCCUUUACAAAGCACGAAGUACUUGACUACAAUAAGGAGAACCCACCGGCAUGGUAUUCCCACCCUUUGAUCCGUCAACCUGGGCCAAUGCGAGACAUCCAACUGUUUCGCAAAUCCACCCGGGUACCCCGCCUGCCCCCCAAUAUUCCUGCGGUUCCCCACCUUGGCCUGCUCAGCCUGACCAAAGCCUCCUACCAGCCUCCCAAUGAUCACAAGCGCUCCUGGGACCGCUACUGCCCGGUGGAGAAGCCACCCACCGUCUCCUGCCGGGUGCCGGUGGUGGAGAUCAUGUGUGUGCCCCGCAUGUACGAGACGGAGUACAAGUGCUACGGAAGUGGCAAAUUCAUGCCAGUGUGAGAGAGCUUUCUUUGCAGCUGUUCAGCAAACAUUUAGGUUUGCUUCUUUUCUCUUACUCAAAGAAACAAGCAGAAUUUUGCUAUUCGUUAUUUGCCUCUGUGUUCAUUUUGCUAAGGACAACCAACUGUCUUCUGUUUUAGAGCAGAGCCUCCAAGUGAUAUUGUUUGCCUUACAAAUCCCAGAAUCCCUCACUGACCAUUCUAGUUCAGAAAAUUAAACUCCAGAAAUUAAACUCUGGUUUAGAGUAGGGAUGAGGACUGUUGGAAACUAGGCAAGUGGGGUUUAUAUAUCUGUCCAGGGUGGGAGAAAGAACUCUUGAUGGUUUGAGGCAUGUGUGAAUGUUGCAAUUGGCAAGCUUGAUUAGCACUGAAUAGCCUUGCAGCUGCUUUCUGCCUGAGGGAAUCCUUGGUGUGUUAGCUGGACCUAUCCAGGACAGUAAAUAAAGAACAACACUCAGAAAACGGGAAUUUCAGGCAUGAAACUAUCGGCCAGCUAACACCUCCCAACAAAGAAUUUCCCCAUGCAGCAAGCAGCCAUACUUCAAGGCCAUUCAGUGUUAAUCAAGGUGGUCAAUUGCAACAUUCACCCCUGCCUCGAGCAGACAAGUUCUUUCUCCCACCCUGGACAUUCCACAGAUAUAUAAAGCUCACUUGCCUAGUUUCCAACAGACCUCAUAACCUCUGAGGAUACGUGCCAUAGAUGUGGGCAAAAUGUCAGGAGAGAAUGCUUCUGAAACCUGGCCAUACAGCCUGGAAAACUCACAGCAACUCAGUGUGCAUUCAGCUCAGCAGGGAGGAGAGGAAAAUAUGAAAUCUUCCUCUGUCCUGUAAUCUCAGGCAAAAGCAAAUUGCUGCAGUCUCUUUUGACUCGUGUUCUUCCUCAUAAUUAUAAUUCUUGCUAUAUUGACUAAUAAUUUGCUGGUACCACACGUCUCAUUUUUCAUCUGUGAAAGGUGGUGUGAUCUAAAAAUCUAUUACAAACUCAAGUUCUUUGUAACACGCUCUUGCUCAGAGGUGUUUCACUGAGUGCGUUUUACUGGAAGCAUGUGAAACCUAUUUGUAUCGAUUGAUCUUUAUUUUAUAGACUUCCUAUAAAACAUACAUACGCCCUACAAGCUUUACUGCAACUUUCAAAAAUGGCUUAUUAUUAAGGCUUUUAAAACAAGGUUUUUAAACAAGACUGCUGUGUCUCAACCAAUAGCAGAGUAUUUAACAUCUUCUAGUACAGGCCAAAAAAGGGUAUUGAAGGUAGAUAUAAUUAAGGUUGGAUAUAAUUAAGGGCAAUGGGAAGUUAAUAAAAAAAUUAAAAAUA